AUGAGCGAACAAAACAGUCAGAAAUACAAGGCAAAGAGUUUCGCAAUGAACGAUGACGCUGCCUUGUAUCAGAAAAGUAAUUGUUAUCCUAGACGCGACGCUGUUGACGUGUUGACAGAAUUCCUACCCAAAUUCAAAUGGAAGGAAGGCAAAAAGAGGAUCUUUGAUAUCGGCUGUGCCGACGGUAGCGUCACUAAUAUUAUUAGCGCGUUUUGUAACAACGAUUACGAAGUGUUCGAAGCGUGUGACAUAAAUGAACGGUCCGUGAAAUACGCUACAGAAUACUACGGAACUGACAAAAUGAUUUUCCGCGUGAUGGACAUAGAGGGGCAACUGCCGAAAGAGAUGAAUGGGAAGUUUGAUAACGUUUUCUCGUUCUAUACGCUGCAGUGGAUCAAGAAUCAAGAGAAAGCAUAUCAAAACAUUUACGACUUGAUGGCAAAGGACGGUGAAUGCUUGUUGACUCUCCUGGCUCGGAUACCUGUAUACAGCCUCUUCAAUGCACUGAAGGAUACCGACACAUGGGGAUAUUUGCUUAAAGACAUCAAUCAAUUCAUCUCACCUUAUCAUGAUGUUUCCGAUCCAGACGUGAUAAUACAGUCGUUAUUGGAGAAAGUUGGCUUCCAGUAUGUGGACGUGCGUUGCAGACAAAAGAAAUAUGAAUUCAAGGACAUACAACAGCUGAGAAAUAUAUUAGAAGCUGUAAGCCCCUUCAAUGUGGACAAAGAACUCUACGAGCAAUUCUUUGACGAUAUCAUGGAAGUCGCGGAAGAUAUGAGAAUCAUUGAUAGACGCACAAAGACCGCCACAUUUCACUACAAUUUAAUUGUUAUACACUGUAGGAAAUGA